GUGGCGUGGGCGACUUUGUAUAAAUUGUUGUAAUCUGUUUAGAAGCUUCAGUUCUCUCUGUGCAGUUGUGGAGAUAAGGCCAGCAACCAUGACUCACGAAAGCAGGUUCCAGUUUUCAAGAUUCGAUGAACUAAUGUUAUUAAAAUUCCUUAUCACAUACCUGCUUGAUAUUGCCCUCACCAUCAAUACGAUCAUCAAUGUGUAUAAGAAUGAUGCACAUCUUAAGGAACUUUACUUAUGCUGUUUCAUUAUCCCUAACAUUCUUGCUGGGAUAAAAUCACUUCACUGGUACUGGAUUCAUUACCGCAGAGACGAUCUAACGGAGGAAGAAACAGAAAAGGAAGAGAAAACAAGAACUUGGGUCUUUCGCCUUCUCUUCUUCUUCUUCAGCCCAAUCCCCAGGUUCAUUGACGUGUACAGACUCGGCCUCCAAGAGAGAUACAAGGUCCAGGGCAGGUGUUCGCAGGAGGAAGCCAGAGCAGCCUACAAGGAGUACCUCGAGGCCGCGACAACCCUCUGCCUCCUGCGGUUCUUUGAGGUCUUCCUCAUGGACGCUCCGAUGCUCACCUUGAAGUUCCAUGUCUUGAUUAAGGAUGUCAGGACGCAGAUAAAUUUCAGCGAUCAAAUCUACGCAGUAAUAUUAAUCGUGUACAAACUCUACAAAGUGUCUGACAUCAUGAUGUCAUAUACAACGAAGACAAAGAAAUGGUGGCAUAUGGAAAAUGAGGCUGAGUAUGAGCUCUCCCCCAUUGAAUCGGUAAAGAGAGGCACAAUUGACCUCCCAGGAAAGCUGUGUCUGAUAGCCCUCCACUGCUCCCAAAUAGCUUGCAAGUGCUUGUGCUAUGCAAUGGUGACUUCAGCUUACCUUCCUUGGUUGAUCUAUCCUCUGGUGGGGUUGAGGUGGACUGCCAACUCCUGCAUCUACUUCUUCAACCGAAAUUUCAGAAGAUUCGGGUCUCCGGGCGAGGAGAUAAGUCGAACACUCACGGCGGUAGUUAUUGGUGGAAUCGAACUCUUCACACACUUCACGACCUCGGCAGAAAAGAGGCAGCUGGGCAACACUAUCCUCUUCCACGUCUUGGAUGGUUUCGAGGUCCUCAUUGCCUUUUUCCUGCCGUAUUUUGGCACUGCGCCACCCGCUAUUCCAGCUCCUGUGAAUGGCACUCUAACCACCACUGCCACUUCAGGAGGAAUACCCUCAGUAACAGGAACUUCGGUAACGCCAACCACUGCACUUUCAACCCCAAUGUGGCCUAUUUCGGUAACUGAACACCUUACUGACCCCAAGUACAUCCUUGUUGCUCUGUGGAUAUCCGCCAUGAUGAUUCGUGCCUUUUACUACGUCAUUCUUCACCCCAGUCUACCUUCGCUCUCCGAAUACUUCCCCUUCUGUUCGAGGAAGGCACGAGCAGGAGUGAGAGGGCAAGCAGAGGAGAGAGUACAAGCAGAAGAGGAAAUUGCUUUGGAUGAGAGGGUUUAAUGUUUUUUAAAAGUGUUGUUGUUGGGUUUUCUGUCUCCGUUUCUCGAAUUCUCUCUCUCUCUCUCUCUCUCUCCUCACUAUCUUUCUCUUUUCCCCUCCUCUUUCUCUCUUUUGGUCUGUGGGAUGUUUAGGAAGUGGUCAAGGUAACUUUGUGGAAAUAUAUUAGACUGUAUAUCUAUGUUAUAUCUUAUAUUAUCCUGAUUGGUUAUGUAUCUGAUGUCAAUCUUUGAUAUAGAUGUUCCUGUCACUUUGUCAUCAUCAUCUUUGAUAACGUCUGAUUUCAUGAAUAUCUUGUCUAGUAUCUUAUUGUCGAUAUUUCAUAUAUAUUCACACAUACAUAUAUACACACACAUAAUAUGGACCAUUGAGAUUAUAAAGAACGCGCGCGGACGACGUGCAUGAGCAUGAAUGCACACACAUUCACAUGCGCGCAAUGUGUGUGUGAAUUUGCGCGAAUUUGCAUAUAUUGGGUAAGUCAAACCUAGAUACGGUAGUGGGUGAGUCUAUUGAAGAUAUAAUAGUGAGUUGAGAACCACCAACAAUAAUUACAAUGAACUACUCCCCUGGGAUCAGCCUCCCCAGUAUAAAGACCCGGUCAGCUGUCAACAUGACGCCGAGUAGUUGGUCAAACACCGCAUCGGCUGGCACGAAUAUGACGACUGUCAUUUUAUGAAUAUCCUGUCCAUUAUAUUAUGUGCAUAUAUCUUAUCAGUACCUUCUGUGGAGAUUAUUUUCACGGUGUUGCAUAUUGCAGAAGGUGUAUGGACGCAGAAGUCCUCAUAUAUCCAGAUGUUGAUAUAUUGAUGUAUGUUGUGGACUAUAUAGUCACUAAAUACACGCAUAUGUAUAAUUCUAAACCAGUUUCCUUAAGUUUUGAUUUUGUGCGCCAAAUAAAAUUCACGUAUGCAU